UGUGCGAUCGUGUGCGCUCCUGCGUUUCUCAGAGUCUGUCUCUGUCUGUUGUGCAAACAUUAAAUUCCGGAGCAGGAGCAGUGAGUCUAUUCAAGAUCACAAGUCGACCACCCAUCUCAUCUGCACCCUGCAGUUGCCUUGCUCCAGAAACAGACUCCAGCGUCUAAACUAGUAACAUCUAUACACAGACGAGCAACAGAGAGGAAAGGAAACCGAGAAUUUGUGAGCAGUAGUAGCUUGUAGAGGCAGUAGAGCAGCGAGCUCCUCGAGGCCGCCAUAUUGUGAGCGAGCAAGAGAGGAGUGUUUGUUUUGGUGUUGAAACAACCAGGCCAACAUCUACUACGCGGUUACGAGCUAGCGUAGAAUCCUAGUGUCGCAAACCCCGUAGCCGAGCCGUACGUGAGUCACUCCAGCUGCCUCGCAUAAACGCUCAGAGGCGUGCUUUUCCAACCACCCCGCCCUCUCUCUCGAGGAGGAGACGAUUAGUGUAUUUAUAUAUUCUACCUUUACCUCAACAUAUUCGCUCGCGUGUGUGUGUGUGUGUGUGGACGGUGUCCGACGAACAGCAUCAACAGGAGCAGUAGCAAGACUAGGAAGCAACAGCAACGAUGGCCUGCGCCACCCUAAAACGGUCACUGGAAUUCGACCCUGUGCACAGCCACGGAAGGCCAAAUAAACGCCGGCGAUGCAUACCCAUGAGCAGCGUCUCGCCCUCGGCCCAUUCCAGCAACAGCUGCGGCCAGAGUCCAGGAAACAACUCGCCUUUCGGCGAGGUCACCAACAAGCUCACACCUGAAAAAAUGGCUGCUAAUCUCAGAGAAGAAAUUCGUAGAUUAAACAAACGCAAACAAUUAACCUUCACUUCCCAAAGCGAUUCUUCAGAUAUGGAGACUCCAAAUAGUCCCUCAAGUCCAUCCUGCUCAUCAAGCAACUACAACUCAAAUUCCUGUACUAAAGAAAAGCCACUUUUUACAUUUCGACAGGUUGGUUUGAUCUGCGAAAGAAUGCUCAAAGAACAAGAAGUAAAAAUUAGAGAAGAAUAUGAUCAAGUCUUAAGUUUGAAACUUUCAGAGCAAUAUGAUACUUUUGUUAAAUUUACUUAUGAUCAAAUUCAAAAGAGAUUCGAAUCAGCAGCUGCUCCAAGUUACUUGUCCUAAAAACGGAUUACAUAGAGUGAGGCAAAAUUUCCCUAAAGAACGUUAGAUUUUUACUGCAUAAAUGGGUUAAAUUUGCUUAAAUUCUUGAGCAAAGAUAAAUAAUACUACAGCGUACUAUACAGAUGAGUAAAAGAGAGUCGUAAUAAUGUUAAAACAUAAAACCAAUUACCAUAGUAGAAAUGGCAAAAAAAGAUUUAGCAAUGUAAGUUUAGUAAGUUCUCAAUGAUCAGUGAUUGCAUUAAAAAUUAAAAAAAAAUUUACAAUAUUUGCUAGUGAUUCAACUAACAAUGUUUGUACUACCUAGUAUUAGAAGUGCUCUGGUAUCGGAGAACUGUGUGUAUGAUUCAUUGCCAAUGCAAAAUCUAUUGUAGAUACUGAUUUAAUUGAUAAUGCAAUGAUAGCGUAGUAAGUUUUCUGACAACGUGUAAUUGAAAUUAUUUUCAAACACCUCAAAAAUAUUUGGAAAAAAAUUCGAACAAUUUUCCUGAAAUGGGCGUUCUUUUUGUAUUCCGCGUUGAAAUGGAAACUUUACCUUGAUUACGUUUUUGGGAAGGUAAAAUGAGCAGCCGGUGAUUUUCUGUUUAGGCUUAAUACUGUUAUUAACUUGUACGUAAUUUAAAAAAUUAUUUCCCGCAAACUGAGCCGAGAUAAAAAACGUGUCUCUGACACGUGGAAUAUUACUCGUUUGUAAUGCCUAAUCAAAUAUCGCAAGAAAAAUAACUUAAAAUCACAAUUGAGUUAGAGAAUAAUUAGCAUAUUUUUAAGCACCAAAUACCAUUGUGAAUUAAAGCUAGGUACUUUUAUUUAAAACUUCUUGCGACACCCAGUGCUUUACGCGCAAUAAGGUAGAAUUCUAUGCUUAUAUAAUUCAAGUCGUCGCUUUGAUAUUCAUUAACUAUAAUUGUAAAGUAGGUGCAUUAUUGAGAAACAAGACUUUUUAAUUUUGCAUAACUUUUGAAGUUAUUCAUAAAAUUAAAAAUUCGAAACUCAUAUUGAGAUACAUUGUAAGCGAAAGGUUUUGUAAGAAAUUAAAUUUUUCCGUAAUAGCGCGAUGUAGUUUUAAAAUGGAGAUAUAAAUAUGCUAGAUUCUCCUUACGAUUGACGUGCCAUUUUUUUAAGUCAAAAUUCAUUGCCUGGUACAUAAAACUUAUUUUUCAGGCUUGGAUUAGUGAUUGGGAUUAUUUGUAAAUUAAAUAUCACAAAUAAUAAUUUUCACUUUUGUCCAUCAUUAUCACUUAAGCAAAGGCACUACCUAUUUUUGAAUAACUCCCAAGAAGUGGCCCAAAAUUUGUUUCUCUCAUAAUUUGACACUCAAAUUACAAUUUUUUUUUUUUUUUUUUUUUUUUCAUUGGUUUCACUGCUACUUGUGUAACGUAAAAUUAAUAUCUGGAAUAUCUUGAGUUAAUUUUAAUAACCAUAACACUUUCAUUUGUAAUAUAGAUAUAAAUCAAAGUAAUUUGAAAACUUGGAAUUGUAUGGUUGCAUUAAUAAAUUUUUGGAAAAACUUUUUAUGUCUUUCAUGUAUUUCUUGUUCCCUAAUAGCAACGGCUUGCCAUAGUAUCUACCUUAAUUGUGCCUACCAAUAGUUGUAUUUACGCCUAUCCACUAUAAUAUGUCCCUUUCGUUUUGUAAGGUUAAUUUUUAUUAAUAUUUACAUUGCUAAUGUUAUUUUUGCUAUUACUGUUAUUACUUGUCGAAUUUUGUUUUAAAAGUUUGUAAUUACUCAGCUCUUGUGCAUACACGAUUUCUGUUAACAUAUUAUGAAGUAUACCACACGCAUAUAAAUAUUGUAUAAAAUUAAAUUUAACAUAAUGAAACAGUAGACAAUGUUAAUUAGCAUCAUAAAAAAUAAGCUUGUAUUCCCGUGAUCCUAAGCCGUCUCAGAGUAUAAAUUAUUUUUUUUGUAGAAUUAAAAUUUUGUAACCCUCAAAUGAAAAAUUUGUAUAGCAGUCUUGAACAAUUGGUGAUUCUAAAUUUUGUUACGAAUCGUUAGCCUUAUUUUUUUUAAUUACUUGCCAAUUUAUUGAAUUAUGAAAUCUUGAGUGAAACACGAUUUUUUAUUUUCCUUUUUCAAGAUGAAAUUUUCCUUUGUACAUUGACUGUUUUGUAAUUUAAAUAAAAAUUAAACUUUUUGGUUAAUUUCAGCGAAACUCGCUAAACGAGACAUUUUUUAAUGAAUUUUUACACUUGUAAUUCGUAAUAAAAAAAAUAAAGAAAGAAGAAGAAAAAACUA